CGAAGACGGAAUCUGAUGUCGCCAUCAUCUAGUGCCCCCUCUGUGUGGGUUCAGCAAAAGGAGAAAGUGCUGGUUACUUCGGAGAGAUGUAGAUGUGUGAGCAACUGCCCUGGCUCCUUGGAGCUGCUGAGAUUGAAAGGGAGAAAACACAAGAUCUUUCGAAGAUGGUUUGGCUGCCUUGGAGAUUUGGAGAUCUGAUGCCACGAUGAAGACACACACACGGGGGGCUCCCAGUGUGUUUUUCAUAUAUUUGUUUUGCUUUGUAUCAGCCUACAUCUCCGACGAGAACCCAGAAGUCAUGAUUCCCUUCACCAACGCUAACUAUGACAGCCACCCGAUGCUGUACUUCUCCAGGGCGGAGGUGGCGGAGCUCCAGCUCAGGGCCGCCAGCUCGCACGAGCACAUUGCUGCCCGGCUCACGGAGGCGGUGCACACCAUGCUGUCCAGCCCCUUGGAGUACCUCCCUCCCUGGGAUCCCAAGGAGUACAGCGCCCGCUGGAAUGAAAUUUACGGCAACAACUUGGGUGCCUUGGCGAUGUUCUGUGUGCUGUAUCCUGAGAACAUUGAAGCCCGAGACAUGGCCAAAGACUACAUGGAGAGGAUGGCAGCUCAGCCUAGUUGGUUGGUGAAAGAUGCUCCUUGGGAUGAAGUCCCGCUUGCUCACUCCCUGGUUGGUUUUGCCACUGCCUAUGACUUCUUGUACAACUACCUGAGCAAGACGCAACAGGAGAAGUUUCUUGAAGUGAUUGCCAAUGCCUCGGGAUAUAUGUAUGAGACUUCAUACAGGAGAGGAUGGGGAUUUCAAUACCUGCACAAUCAUCAGCCCACCAACUGCAUGGCUUUGCUCACAGGAAGCCUAGUUCUGAUGAAUCAAGGGUAUCUUCAAGAAGCUUACUUAUGGACCAAACAAGUCCUGAGCAUCAUGGAGAAGUCACUGGUCUUGCUCCGAGAGGUGACGGACGGCUCCCUCUAUGAAGGAGUUGCAUAUGGCAGCUACACCACUAGAUCACUCUUCCAGUAUAUGUUUCUCGUUCAGAGGCACUUUGACAUCAACCACUUUGGCCAUCCAUGGCUUAAACAACACUUUGCAUUUAUGUAUAGAACCAUCCUGCCAGGGUUUCAAAGAACUGUGGCUAUUGCAGACUCAAAUUACAACUGGUUUUAUGGCCCAGAAAGCCAAUUAGUGUUCCUGGAUAAAUUUGUCAUGCGUAACGGCAGUGGCAAUUGGCUGGCUGACCAAAUCAGAAGGAACCGUGUGAUGGAAGGUCCAGGGACACCAUCCAAAGGGCAGCGCUGGUGUACUCUUCACACAGAAUUUCUCUGGUAUGAUGCCAGCUUGAAAUCUGUUCCUCCUCCAGAUUAUGGCACCCCUACAUUGCAUUAUUUUGAAGACUGGGGUGUUGUGACUUACGGAAGUGCACUGCCUGCAGAAAUCGAUAGAUCUUUCCUUUCCUUUAAGUCAGGAAAACUUGGGGGACGUGCAAUAUACGACAUUGUCCACAGAAACAAAUACAAAGAUUGGAUCAAAGGAUGGAGAAAUUUUAACGCAGGGCAUGAACAUCCUGAUCAAAACUCAUUUACUUUUGCUCCCAACGGUGUGCCUUUCAUUACUGAGGCUCUCUACGGGCCAAAGUACACCUUCUUCAACAACGUUUUGAUGUUUUCCCCGGCUGUGUCAAAGAGCUGCUUUUCUCCCUGGGAGGGUCAGGUCACAGAAGACUGCUCAUCAAAAUGGUCUAAAUACAAGCAUGACCUGGCAGCCAGCUGUCAGGGGAGAGUGGUUGCAGCAGUGGAGAAAAAUGGAGUGGUUUUCAUCCGAGGAGAAAGUGUGGGAGCUUAUAACCCCCAGCUCAAUCUGAAGAAUGUUCAGAGGAAUCUGAUCCUCCUGCAUCCACAGCUUCUCCUGCUUGUGGAUCAAAUACAUCUGGGAGAGGAGAGCCCCUUGGAGACAGCAGCCAGCUUCUUCCACAAUGUGGAUUUUCCUUUUGAGGAGACAGUGGUAGACGGGGUCCAUGGGGCUUUUAUCAGGCAGCGAGAUGGUCUCUACAAAAUGUACUGGAUGGAUGAUACUGGCUACAGUGAGAAAGCAACCUUUGCUUCAGUGAUGUACCCUCGGGGCUAUCCCUACAAUGGGACCAACUAUGUGAAUGUCACCAUGCACCUCCGAAGUCCCAUCACCAGGGCAGCUUACCUCUUCAUAGGGCCAUCCGUAGAUGUUCAGAGCUUCAGCAUCCACGGAGACUCUCAGCAACUGGAUGUGUUCAUAGCCACCAGUGAGCAUGCUUAUGCCACUUACCUUUGGACAGGUGAGACCACAGGACAGUCUGCUUUUGCACAGGUCAUUGCAGAUCGUCAGAAAAUUCUGUUUGACCGGAGUUCCGCCAUCAAGAGCACCACUGUGCCUGAAGUGAAAGACUAUGCUGCUAUUGUGGAACAGAACCUGCAGCAUUUUAAGCCAGUGUUCCAGCUGCUGGAGAAGCAGAUCCUGUCCCGAGUCCGGAACACAGCUAGCUUUAGGAAGACUGCUGAGCGCCUGCUGAGAUUUUCAGACAAGAGACAGACUGAGGAAGCCAUCGACAGGAUUUUUGCCAUAUCACAGCAACAGCAGCAGAAGCAAAGCAAGUCAAAGAAAAACCGAAGGGGAGGCAAACACUAUAAAUUUGUGGAUGCUGUCCCUGAUAUUUUUGCACAGAUUGAAGUCAAUGAAAAAAAGAUUCGACAGAAAGCUCAGAUUUUGGCACAGAAAGAACUGCCCAUAGAUGAAGAUGAAGAAAUGAAAGACCUUUUAGAUUUUGCAGAUGUAACAUAUGAGAAACACAAAAAUGGUGGCUUGAUGAAAGGCCGGGUUGGACAGGCACGGAUGGUGACAACUACUCACAGCAAAGCCCCGUCACUGUCUGCGUCAUAUACCAGACUGUUCCUGAUUCUGAAUAUUGCUAUUUUCUUUGUCAUGUUGGCAAUGCAACUGACUUAUUUCCAGAGGGCCCAGAGCCUCCAUGGCCAAAGAUGUCUUUAUGCAGUCCUUCUAAUAGAUAGCUGUAUUUUAUUGUGGUUGUACUCGUCUUGUUCCCAGUCACAGUGCUAGCACAGAAGCUAUAAAUUGCUUCGUCAUUUUGAGGUCACGAGUCUAUGCAAAAAAAAAAAAAAAUCAUUGCCCUAGUUUGUCAUUGGAUUUUUUUCUCAGAUCCAUUUUAACAAAGUAAGGGGAAGAUAUUUUCACACAAGAAAGCAGAUAAAUCAGAAUUGGAACAGGCAAAGAAUUUAUCAAAGGACUAAGACUAGCUCGGUUGUCACACGGUGUUUCUGGAAGUGUUUGGCUUGUCUAAUUUAGCAGUCCACUUAAGACUACUCUAAGAAGAAACAAAGAGUCUGGUUUAAGUAAUAUUUUUUCUUAAGAGACACAAAAAAGAUUUAGAUAGAAUUGGAUUUUAUUAAUAUUAAUUUAAUGCUAUUAGCAAUCUCCAGAUACUGUUUUAUGAAAAGACUGAAGCACACGAUUCUGAGAAAUACAGAAUUUUUUUUUAAUGGUGUAGUCAUGUUGAAAAAUAAAUGUUGCUAAGUCCUGGUAUGGUGGCAUCAACUUCCACGGAGAGUAGUUCAUUAGUUAAGUGAAUAACAGCACCUGUAUAUUGGAUUACUAUUCAGAUAACGUAGUAAAAUGAUGGCAGAAGAUCAUUAAAAACUUAAAAUAUAUUUCCAGUAGAAAACAUAUAUAUAUGAAUGACUAUUUCCUCGAUGAUGUUGGUCUUUGCACACACAAAAUUGAUUGCUUUUAUGAAUCCAUUGGUUGUUCAAUAAAUAAGACAAUAAUAGGUAACUUAAUUUUCUAUUUUCCUUAUAUGGAAAACUGUUGUAGAUCCAAUGACUAAACUUCAGAAUAAAAUACUUUAUAUCGUAAACGUUGAUUUCAAUACCAAAGAAGAUGGGGAAUCUGAAAGUUGAAUGUGAUUCUUAUGUUUAUUAAUAGAAAACUUUCUUCAACUUUAUUUUGCUAAAUAAACAUGAUAUUUGUGAUUUUUCUA